AUGGCCCUCGAUCCUGACCGUCGGAUUCCUAGUGGGGAAAUCAAGUUGGACCCAAUCGCACCUUCUGCGUACGCCCCCCCGCUUUGCCCCCUCGUUAAAAAGCCCCAGACUCCAGUUUCUCUCACUCGCAGAGCCAAAACCAGCAUUAGAUCACUCCUUCCUUCCCCUCUCUCUCUCUCUCUCUCUCUCUCUCUACAUGGACCUCGACCUCAACCUCUCCCCUUCCUCAACCCCCCAGGAGAUUUCCCUUUCCUUUCCAGCGUUUUCCCGGAAAAUUCCCCACCGAAACCUGUGGCCGGCCUCUCUCUCGAGCUCGAGGCUCCUCCUCCUCCGCCUCCUCCUCUGGACAAGAACGGCUUCUUCUACCAGCUCCUCCACAGCCCUAACACCGACCAUCGUGUCCAUGACUUCUACUUCACCGGCGAGGCCUCCUCGUCGAACCCUUUCGCUGGGGUGGCCUCGGCCCCCCCACAGCUCGACCAGCCGUUUCGUCACCCAACCCCCGAUGCUUACCUUACCGCGAUGUUGCCCAUAGGGUUCGACCUCCACGUGCCUCCACCACCACUGGCCCCUUCUCCUCCUCCUUUCGUGGACCUUUCGACAGAGAGAGACGAUGACCGUGAUGGCAUAGCAGCGCAUGGCGAGCUCGAGUUCGAGAGCCUCUUCAUUUACUCUCCGUUAAGCCCACCGGUUGAUCACCAUCGCCAUAACAAUCCGGUGAUGGCGGACCCCCAGAUCAUGCCUUCGCUCGACCUUAAUGACCUUGGAUCACUGAACGCGAGGCCCGGUGAAAAUGUCUCUUCAGGCAGCGUGACCUCGGAUCGCAAAUGGGGCCAUGAGCGGGACGACGGCAGCAAUGAUCGGAGCAAGAGAAUGGUGGAUAUCAAGGUUGACAAGAAGCACUCUGUCGUCAAAGGUCAAUGGACUGAUAAGGAAGACAGGGCUUUGACAAGGUUGGUUCAGAUGCAUGGAACCAAAAAUUGGUCUUUCAUUGCUAAGAUGCUGGAUGGGAGAGUCGGAAAACAAUGCAGGGAGAGAUGGAAUAAUCAUUUGAGGCCCGAUAUUAAGAAGGACUCGUGGACCAUCGAGGAAGACCAGAUUCUGAUUCAGUCACACAUGGAGAUUGGGAACAGAUGGGCCGAAAUAGCCAAGAGAUUGUUCGGAAGGACUGAAAACACCAUCAAGAACCACUGGAACGCCAUCAAGCGCAGGCAAUACUGUAAGCGCAAAUUGCUCCCUGAUACCAACAGCUCCGAGCUCUUGCAAAGCUACAUCAGGAGUGUCACCACCCCAUCCCCUCCAAAACGGUCGACACCAGCUCGACGUCGCAACCUUGGCGACCGCCACCACCACAAGACCAAGAAGCGGUCGAUGUCCUUGUCGGCGGCGGCCAUUUUCUGUGGCUCAGAUGUGCAGCCUGAAGCGGCCAACCACCCCCGGCAAGUGCCGAAGCCCCAUCACCACCACCAGCCGCCUCCAGCAGAGAAUCUGGCCAACGGUAUUUUAGGGUUCCCGAUGGCUGAUGGGAAUGAGAAUCUUGGGCUUCAUCCGGUGAAGGAUUGUCAGCAUUCUCAUCACGUGCUGAGUGAAGGUGGUGGGAGUAAAGAGAGUGAUUGUAAUGAUCAUGAGUUGGACUUGAAGAUAAGCUUGGAGAUUGGCAAUCACCACCACCAUCGUCGCCAUCAUCGCCCUAAUCACCGUCACCAUCAAGAAGAGGAGGAGCUGGACUGGCUCGAGAUGACCGCUUCUCAAGUGGCUGAUUCCGAAUUAAUAAAAGCCCCCAGUAGCUGGUGAAUAUCCUAACAAUAUAGCUGCUUCUGAGUGUGUUGUCCUUGUGUUGAUCUUGUGGGCUUUUCCCAGUUUGCUUAUCUUAGGUCUAUUGUUGUUGUUCUAGUGAUAGCAUGUGAGAUAGAGACUUCUUUUCUAUUUUCAUUCUU